AGAGAGGCAGGCAGGCAGCAGCGACAGGAUGAGUCUGAGAGGAAGACCACCUCUCACAUGAGAUGAUGGAAAUGUGGCUGAAACGCUCGACGCUGGUGUUCCUCACAGUAAUAGUAGCAGCUGCGGGGACAUCAGGUCAAGUUCCUGUGAUCCUGAAUAAAACACAACUCACAGUCUACAUCCCUUUGGGGUCGUCUCUGACUUUCCACUGCCGUUUGAGGAUAGAGAAGUACGUCACAUUCCGGGUAUUGUGGUAUUUCAACCCCUUUGAAUCUUCGUUCAACGAUUCACACAAAUUAACUCAAGAGCUCCAUAACAAAUCUGCAAGGACGUCCACGAACGAAACAGAGCGGGAUGGACAGACCUUGUCGAAAUACACCUUGUCAGAUGCUACGGAGAGGAACAGCGGCUGGUACUUCUGCAGAGUCAUAGUGGAGAUUCCCAUUCUUAAUAUUUCUGAAAGCUCUGGAACUCACGUAGUUAUUACGAAGAGAGUGGAACACACAACGCACCCGUCACUACCCGUAGUUACGGAUAAACAAGCAACUGUGUCUCCUGCAGACAACUUGUCGCUCCUCGACUGGUGGCUGUGGAUCACGCUGGGGGUGUCUGCUGUCAUCCUGAUCGUCCUGCUGGUCAUAUGUGUCUUGAUGAGGAAGAGAGGCCGCAGCAGCAGAGCAGAGGAUCCCGUCUAUGCCAACACUCGUCCUGUGGCCAGCAAACAGCCCUCACCUCGGCCCGACAUGCCGGUGGAGAACCUGAAGAUGGUUCCCUCCUCUCAAACCGUGCGGAACCCGAGUCCCGGCAGGAGAUACGAGGGAGGAAAGGGGAGAUACAAAGAGUGAAGAAGUCGACGGGUCACAGAUCAGUGCCUCAGCUCCUGCUCACAUUCAGCCACAGCCUGCAGCUGUGAGAGUCCUCUCUGCAAUGAAGCAUGAAUGAACUUCUCUCUGCAAGUUUUUUAUUUUAAUUUGAUGUUAUUUUUUUUCUUAAACUUCAAAUCUUGUUGUAUGUGUCCUCUCAGUAUUUCCUGUAAAAUAGUUAUAUCCAGCCACCAGAUGGCAGAUGGUGGACGCUGUUUCCACCGCCCCCCCGUCUUCUUUCUUUUCAACACCUGAUAAUAUUUGAGUGUGUUGCCAACAGCGGCCUUUGUAUAGCAAAUAAGCAAUAAAUUGCAGAUGUAAUGAUGAGAUUGAAUUUUUUUUAAAUGAACAGUGUGUUUAUUAUCAGAGUUUACAUUAAAUCUCAAUUUACUGUU